AAUUUGGAAUUUCUUUCACCAAUAUAAUAUUCAUAUUUUUAUAACGUUUUAAUUCAUUUUUUUGUUUGUUUUAUUUUGUUUGUUUAGCUAUUUUGGAUUAUUAAAUUUGUUUAAAUAAUAAAUAAUCAAUAUUCGAAACAGAAUAUGAAUGUGCGUGAUACUGUGGAAGAAUUAACGCAAAUAGGCAUAGAAAUACGUGGAAGUUUGGAAUUAUUGCUUGACAAAAAAGAACAAAAGGAAUUAGUAUUACGGCAUAUUAAACUAUUUUCAAAUAAAAAUACGCAGAUCGCUGAUUUUCAAACAGGUUUGGAAUGGUUCAAUGUCACAGAGGAAUUAUCUUUAUAUCGACAUCUCAAUGGGAAGAUUAUUAUUUUGGAUUUCUUUACAUAUUGUUGCAUCAAUUGUAUGCACAUUUUACCAGAUUUAGAUGAUCUUGAAAAAAGAUUUCCAAUUACUGAUGGCCUUGUUAUUAUUGGAGUACACAGUGCAAAAUUUUCAAAUGAACGAGAUUCAAAGAGACUUUUGUCAGCAAUUCAGAGAUACAAUAUAAAACAUCCAGUUGUAAAUGACAAAACAUUAUCAGCAUGGCAUAAUUUAGGAAUCUCAUGUUGGCCAACAUUAAUAAUGAUAGGUCCUAUUGGAGAAUUAUUGGCUGUUUUUGUAGGAGAAGGACACAGAAAUGAAUUGAUUCUAUUUGUAGAAGUAGCAUUAACUUAUUUUAAAUCAUUAAAUAAAAUAUCUAAAAAUGAUCUUCCUUUGCAAUUGGAAUGUCAUUUAUUGGCUACUGUGGAUAAUAAAAAUCUUUUAUUCCCUAGUAAGUUGGAGAUUUUUCAGAAUGAGCAAGGAGAAAAUUUGAUCAUAGCUGAUACUGGCAACAAUAGAAUCUUAAUAAUGGACACUAAAGGAAAUAUACAAUACAUUAUUGGUGGUUCUAAUCCUGGUUUCAAAGAUGGUAAUUUUGAAAAUGCAAGAUUUAAUGCACCUCAGGGAGUGUGUAUAUUAGAUAGUUUUAUUUACGUUGCCGAUAAUGAGAAUCACGCAAUUAGAAAAAUAGAUUUGAUAAAAAAAAUAGUAACUACUGUUGUUGGUACGGGUAUUCAAGGUCAUGAUUAUAUUGGAGGUAAAAUCGGUAAAGAUCAAAUUUUAUCUUCACCGUGGGACUUAGCUAUUUAUAAUUAUGAAUGUAAUAAAAAUACUAUACCCAUAUUAUUGAUCGCAAUGGCUGGUACUCAUCAGAUUUGGGCGCUUUUUUUAGAAGAUACUAUUUGGUGGAAAAAAAGAGAAUACAAAGCGGGUACUUGUAUUGCUAUAGUAGGAAGUGGCAGAGAAGAAAAUCGUAAUAAUUUGUAUCCUCAUGCAGCUGGUUUAGCACAACCGUCUGGUUUAACUGUAAUCAAAGAACGAAAAAUUGCAUUUUUUGCUGAUAGUGAAAGUAGUGCUAUCAGAAGCAUAGAUUUAGAAAGUGGACAAGUUUCGGUCGUUUGUGGUGCAAACAGAAAUCCCGUAGAUUUACACGAUUAUGGAGACUUUGAUGGUAUAAAAUAUGCAGCUAAGCUUCAACAUCCUUUAGGUAUAGCUUGGCACUCAAAAGAAAAUGCUGUUUAUAUAACUGAUACAUAUAAUCACAAAAUUAAGAAAAUUGAUGUAACCACUCAGUAUUGUAAAACUAUAUAUGGUGAUGGAAAACCAAAUGAGAAAUUUUCAUUCGAUGAACCUAGCGGUAUUGCUAUCAAUUCUGAAAAAGAUCUCUUAUAUGUGGCUGAUACUAAUAAUCAUGUAGUAAAGGUUAUCGACAUGAAAAAGGAAAAUAUUAUUACGUUACCGAUAAACAUUUCGACGAUUGAAAUAAACAACAGUUCUAAAAAUAUUUAUUUUUUCGAUACCACAGUUAACGAGAAAGGUGCCGAAUUAAACAUUUCAUUUAACAUAAUAUUUUUUGAACGUGAUUUAAAAUUAAAUUUAGAUGCACCACAAAGAUGGACUUUGAAUUUGCCUAUAAAUAAUUCUGGAUGGAUAGCUAGAGCAAGAAAUGGAGAACUUUCAAAUCCUAUAUCAAUAAAGAUUCCCGAAGGAAAAGAAACACAAGAGAUGUGCGUGAUUUUGGAUAUUAUUGCUUGCAAAACAACCGAGUGCGUAUCAAAAAAAUUGUUAGUAACAUAUCGUAUACAUCAAGAAGCACAUGCUUGUAAUAUUGUAACCGAACAAAAACAACUUAUUGUUAAAUAAUAAACAUUCUUAUUUUCA